AUGUCGAGCCUCAUCGGUGGUAUCGCGGCGUUUCUCAUCGAAACCCCUGACAGUUCUGUUUUAUUGGCGCUUCGCAACGUCAAUUAUGAAUUAUAUCAAAGAGUGCUCAACGAAAUCGACAAUGAUCAAACCCGCGAUCUGUUCAAUUCUCCUGGACGAGUAAAAAUUGAACCAGGAUUUGUACCACAAAAAUGGAUUCUUCAACAACAUUCCGUCAAGAUCUUUCUGAGUCAUUGUGGAAUGGGUUCAAUUAUUGAGGCACUGUAUUACGAGAAAUCAAUUCUUUGUAUGCCAUUUAAUAUGGAUCAAUUUGCUAAUGCAGUUGCUAUCGAUCGUCGCGGUGUUGGACUUUCGUUAUUCAUUCCGAACUUGUCACGAUGGGAAUCACUAAUUACUCCAUAUGAUUAUCGGCAUUAUACUUUUACCUCGAAUGAUGUUCAAGAGAAACUGUUGAAACUUUGGUUGAAUAUCACCUAUCAACAAGAAGUUAAGCAAAUGCACCUAGAAAUGAAACAUGCCGGAGGUGUCAAGAGAGCAGUGGAAGAAAUUGAAUUUUUUGUGCAAUUGAAUGGCAGUUUCGAUCGCUUCAUCCCUUUUCAAGAUACAUUGCCAUUUUAUCAACGAUAUCUUCUUGAUAUAUUCGUCGUUUUUGUUGUUCUACCUGGAAUAUCUAUUCUCUUUAUUAUUGUAAAAUGUUGCCAAAGACGACGAAAACAAAAGACUGAAUAG